CGGCGGCGGCAGCGCGGCGGUGAUGGGGGAGCUGCGAGCGUCGGGCUCCGGGGCCGUGGUGCUCCCCGCGGGGAUGAUUAACCCGUCGGUGCCGAUCCGCAACAUCCGCAUGAAAUUCGCCGUCCUCAUCGGACUCAUCCAGGUCGGGGAGGUCAGCAACCGGGACAUCGUGGAGACCGUGCUCAAUCUGCUGGUUGGUGGAGAGUUUGAUCUAGAGAUGAACUUUAUAAUCCAGGAUGCGGAGAGCAUAACGUGCAUGUCGGAGCUUUUAGAACACUGUGAUGUAACAUGCCAAGCAGAAAUCUGGAGUAUGUUCACAGCCAUUCUGCGUAAAAGUGUCCGUAAUUUACAGACCAGCACGGAAGUUGGCUUAAUUGAACAGGUACUGCUGAAGAUGAGUACGGUGGACGACAUGAUUGCAGAUCUUCUAGUUGAUAUGUUGGGGGUUCUUGCCAGCUACAGCAUCACUGUAAAGGAGUUGAAGCUUUUGUUCAGCAUGCUUCGAGGCGAAAAUGGAAUCUGGCCAAGACAUGCAGUUAAGCUAUUGUCGGUCCUUAAUCAGAUGCCACAGAGACAUGGUCCUGAUACCUUUUUCAACUUCCCUGGCUGUAGUGCUGCAGCAAUUGCGUUACCUCCUAUUGCUAAGUGGCCUUACCAAAAUGGGUUUACUCUUAACACCUGGUUUCGUAUGGAUCCAUUAAACAAUAUUAAUGUAGAUAAGGAUAAGCCCUAUCUCUAUUGUUUUCGCACUAGCAAAGGAGUUGGGUACUCUGCUCAUUUCGUUGGCAACUGCUUAAUAGUUACAUCAUUGAAAUCAAAAGGAAAAGGUUUUCAGCAUUGUGUGAAGUAUGAUUUUCAGCCACGCAAGUGGUACAUGAUCAGCAUUGUGCACAUAUACAAUCGUUGGAGAAACAGUGAAAUUCGGUGUUACGUUAAUGGUCAACUGGUAUCCUAUGGUGAUAUGGCUUGGCAUGUUAACACGAAUGAUAGCUAUGAUAAAUGUUUUCUUGGGUCUUCAGAGACAGCUGAUGCAAAUAGAGUGUUUUGUGGUCAACUUGGAGCAGUAUAUGUGUUCACCGAAGCACUUAAUCCAGCACAGAUAUUUGCAAUACAUCAGUUAGGACCUGGCUAUAAGAGUACUUUCAAAUUUAAAUCGGAGAGUGACAUUCAUCUGGCUGAACACCACAAACAAGUUUUGUAUGAUGGGAAACUUGCAAGUAGUAUUGCCUUUACUUACAAUGCUAAGGCUACUGAUGCUCAACUAUGCCUUGAAUCCUCACCAAAGGAAAACCCUUCAAUUUUUGUACACUCUCCACAUGCUCUUAUGCUUCAGGAUGUGAAAGCUAUAGUAACCCACUCAAUUCACAGUGCAAUUCAUUCGAUUGGAGGGAUUCAGGUUCUUUUUCCUCUCUUUGCCCAGUUAGACAAUCGACAGUUAAAUGAUAGCCAAGUGGAAACAACAGUCUGUGCCACCCUUUUGGCUUUCCUGGUCGAACUUCUUAAGAGUUCAGUAGCCAUGCAAGAGCAAAUGCUGGGAGGGAAAGGCUUUUUAGUCAUUGGCUACCUCCUUGAAAAGUCAUCUAGAGUUCAUAUAACCAGGGCAGUUCUGGAACAAUUUUUGUCAUUUGCAAAAUAUCUUGAUGGAUUGUCACAUGGAGCACCAUUACUGAAACAAUUGUGUGAUCACAUCCUUUUUAAUCCUGCUAUUUGGAUACAUACACCAGCAAAGGUACAGCUUUCACUGUAUACCUACUUAUCUGCUGAAUUUAUUGGCACUGCUACUAUCUACACCACCAUACGCAGAGUAGGAACAGUACUACAGCUAAUGCACACACUGAAAUACUACUACUGGGUAGUUAAUCCUGCUGAUAGCAGUGGCAUUACUCCUAAAGGACUAGAAGGUCCUCGGCCAUCACAGAAAGAAAUCAUAUCACUACGAGCAUUUAUGCUUCUGUUUUUGAAACAGCUUAUAUUGAAGGAUAGAGGAGUCAAGGAAGAUGAACUGCAGAGUAUCUUAAAUUACUUAUUAACAAUGCAUGAGGAUGAAAAUAUUCAUGAUGUGCUGCAGUUGCUAGUGGCUCUAAUGUCAGAACAUCCAGCAUCUAUGAUACCUGCAUUUGAUCAAAGAAACGGAAUACGAGUCAUUUAUAAAUUACUGGCUUCCAAAAGUGAAAGUAUCUGGGUGCAGGCACUGAAGGUACUGGGAUAUUUUCUCAAACACUUGGGUCACAAACGAAAGGUUGAAAUCAUGCAUACUCAUAGUCUUUUCACUCUUCUCGGAGAGAGAUUGAUGCUGCAUACAAAUACUGUGACCGUUACAACAUAUAACACACUUUAUGAGAUUUUGACAGAACAAGUAUGCACUCAAGUUGUUCAUAAACCACAUCCUGAACCAGAUUCUACAGUGAAAAUUCAAAAUCCAAUGAUUCUUAAGGUGGUAGCAACAUUGUUAAAAAAUUCCACACCAAGUGCAGAACUGAUGGAAGUUCGACGUUUGUUUUUAUCUGAUAUGAUAAAACUUUUCAGUAAUAGUCGUGAAAACAGAAGAUGUUUACUUCAGUGUUCUGUGUGGCAAGACUGGAUGUUUUCCCUGGGAUAUAUUAACCCUAAGAACUCUGAAGAACAGAAAAUUACAGAGAUGGUGUACAACAUCUUUCGUAUUCUUUUGUAUCAUGCAAUAAAAUAUGAAUGGGGAGGCUGGAGGGUCUGGGUGGAUACUCUUUCUAUAGCACAUUCCAAGGUCACCUAUGAAGCUCACAAGGAGUAUCUAGCAAAAAUGUAUGAAGAAUAUCAAAGGCAAGAGGAAGAGAACAUAAAAAAGGGAAAAAAGGGGAAUGUGAGCACUAUCUCAGGCCUUUCAUCUCAGACAACAGGAGCAAAAGGUGGAAUGGAAAUUCGAGAGAUAGAGGACCUUUCACAAAGCCAAAGCCCAGAAAGUGAAACAGAUUACCCUGUCAGCACAGAUACCAGGGACUUGCUCAUGGCUACAAAGGUGUCAGAUGAUGUGCUUGGAAGUUCAGAUAGACCAGGAGGAGGUGUGCAUGUUGAGGUUCAUGACCUGUUAGUUGAUAUAAAAGCUGAAAAGGUAGAAGCCACAGAAGUAAAGCUUGAUGAUAUGGAUUUGUCACCAGAGACUCUGGUAACUGGAGAAAAUGGUGCCCUUGUGGAAGUUGAAUCCCUUUUAGAUAAUGUAUAUAGUGCUGCUGUUGAGAAACUCCAAAGUAACGUCCAUGGUAGUGUGGGUAUCAUUAAGAAAAGUGAAGAGAAGGAUAAUGGGCCUUUGAUAACACUGGCUGAUGAGAAAGAUGAACCUUCUACUAAUAGUACCUCAUUUCUUUUUGAUAAAAUACCCAACCAAGAAGAGAAGCUUCUCCCAGAACUUUCUAGUAACCACAUUACUAUUCCAAAUGUACAAGAGACUCAGAUGCAUCUUGGUGUAAGUGGUGAUCUUGGAUUGCUUGCUCACAUGACUGGUAGUGUAGAUAUAACAUGUAGUUCAAGUAUAAUAGAGGAUAAGGAGUUCAAGAUUCAUACAACUUCAGAUGGAAUGAGCAACCUUUCUGAAAGGGAGUUAGCAUCAUCAUCCAAAGGAUUAGAAUAUGCUGAGAUGACUGCUACAACCCUGGAGAUAGAGUCUUCGGGUAGCAAAAGUUUACCUAAUGUUGAUGCAGGAAGUAUAAUAUCAGAUACAGAGAGAUCUGAUGAUGGUAAAGAAGCAGGAAAGGAGAUAAGGAAGAUCCAGACAACUACUACAACCCAAGCUGUGCAAGGUCGAUCUGUUACCCAGCAAGACAGAGACUUGCGGGUUGACUUGGGAUUUCGAGGAAUGCCAAUGACAGAGGAACAACGACGCCAAUUUAGUCCAGGUCCACGCACAACUAUGUUUCGUAUUCCAGAGUUUAAAUGGUCUCCAAUGCACCAGAGGCUGCUGACAGAUUUGCUGUUUGCAUUAGAAACAGAUGUACAUGUUUGGAGAAGUCAUUCUACAAAAUCUGUAAUGGACUUUGUCAAUAGCAAUGAAAAUAUUAUAUUUGUACACAACACGAUCCACCUCAUUUCCCAGAUGGUAGACAAUAUUAUCAUUGCUUGUGGAGGGAUUUUACCAUUGUUGUCUGCAGCCACAUCUCCAACAGGUUCUAAGACUGAAUUGGAAAAUAUAGAAGUGACACAAGGAAUGUCAGCAGAGACAGCAGUGACUUUCCUGAGCCGUCUGAUGGCUAUGGUUGAUGUACUGGUAUUUGCUAGUUCUCUAAACUUCAGUGAGAUUGAAGCUGAAAAAAACAUGUCUUCUGGAGGCUUAAUGCGACAGUGCCUUAGGCUGGUUUGUUGUGUUGCUGUAAGAAACUGCUUAGAAUGUCGACAAAGACAGAGAGAGAGGGUGAACAAAUCUUCAUUAAUCAGCAGUAAAACUCAGGAGACUCUCCAGGGCAUGACUGCAACGGGAAUGACCAAGACACCAUUGGAAAAUGUUCCUGGGAACCUUUCCCCUAUAAAGGAUCCUGAUAGACUUCUUCAGGAUGUUGACAUUAAUCGUCUACGAGCAGUUGUUUUUCGUGAUGUGGAUGAUAGCAAACAGGCUCAAUUUUUGGCUUUGGCAGUAGUUUACUUUAUCUCUGUGCUGAUGGUCUCCAAGUACCGUGAUAUAUUGGAACCGCAACGAGAGACUGCAAGAUGUGGGAGCCAAGCAGGUAGAAAUAUCAGACAAGAAAUAAACUCACCAACAAGCACAGAGACUCCUGCUGUAUUUCCAGAGAAUAUCAAAGAAAAAGAAACGCCAACACCAGUUGAAGAUCUUCAGCUGGAAAGCUCCAUUCCUCAUACAGAUUCUGGUAUUGGAGAGGAGCAGAUGCCCAGCAUCUUAAAUGGGACAGACUUAGAGACAAGCACAGGCCCUGAUGCUAUGAGUGAAUUAUUGUCCACUCUGUCUUCGGAGGUAAAGAAAUCUCAGGAAAGCUUAACGGAAAGUCCCAGUGAAAUCUUGAAGCCUGCACCUUCAAUAUCCAGCAUCAGCCAAAGCAAAGGCAUGAAUGUCAAGGAGAUAUUAAAAAGCCUUGUGGCAGCCCCUAUUGAAAUUGCAGAAUGUGGUCCUGAUCCCAUCCCCUACCCAGAUCCUUCAUUGAAGAGGGAAGCUCAGGCAAUUCUUCCCAUGCAGUUUCACUCCUUUGACAGGAGUGUUGUUGUACCUGUAAAGAAACCACCUCCAGGUAGUCUAGCUGUUACCACAGUUGGAGCUGCUACUGCUGGAGGUGUACUGCCACCGGGUACUACACCAAACAUAUUUGCUGCUACAGGAGCUACACCAAAAAGUAUGAUUAAUACAACAGGUGCAGUGGAUUCAGGAUCUUCCUCCUCCUCUUCAUCCUCUAGCUUUGUGAAUGGUGCUACCAGUAAAAACCUUCCAGCUGUGCAAACUGUUGCUCCAAUGCCAGAGGACUCCGCUGAAAACAUGAGCAUUACAGCAAAGCUGGAAAGAGCUUUAGAAAAGGUGGCUCCACUCCUGCGUGAAAUUUUUGUAGACUUUGCCCCUUUUUUGUCCCGUACGCUGUUGGGUAGUCACGGACAAGAACUACUGAUUGAAGGCCUUGUUUGUAUGAAGUCAAGUACUUCUGUUGUUGAACUUGUUAUGCUGCUUUGUUCACAGGAAUGGCAGAAUUCUAUUCAGAAGAAUGCAGGACUUGCGUUUAUUGAGCUCAUCAAUGAAGGAAGAUUAUUGUGUCAUGCAAUGAAAGACCACAUAGUGCGUGUUGCAAAUGAGGCAGAGUUUAUUUUGAACCGCCAGAGAGCUGAAGAUGUACACAAGCAUGCCGAAUUUGAGUCACAAUGUGCUCAAUAUGCUGCUGAUAGAAGAGAGGAGGAAAAGAUGUGUGACCACCUUAUCAGUGCUGCUAAACAUAGAGAUCAUGUUACAGCCAAUCAGCUGAAACAAAAGAUACUCAAUAUCCUAACUAACAAGCAUGGUGCUUGGGGAGCAGUCUCUCACAGCCAACUGCAUGACUUCUGGCGCUUGGAUUAUUGGGAGGAUGAUCUACGUCGGCGAAGGCGUUUUGUUCGCAAUGCUUUUGGCUCUACUCAUUCUGAUGCCCUCCUCAAAGCUGCAGUGGAAUAUGGCACUGAAGAAGAUGUAGUAAAGUCAAAGAAAACUUUCAGAAGUCAGGCUGUGGUAAAUCAGAAUGCAGAAACCGAGCUCAUGUUGGAAGGUGAUGAUGAUGCUGUCAGUCUACUCCAAGAGAAAGAGAUUGACAACCUUGCAGGCCCGGUGGUUCUCAGCACGCCGGCACAGCUCAUCGCCCCUGUGGUAGUGGCCAAAGGUACUCUCUCCAUCACUACCACGGAAAUCUACUUUGAGGUGGAUGAGGAUGAUCCCGCCUUCAAGAAGAUUGACCCCAAAGUUCUUGCCUACACAGAAGGCCUUCAUGGAAAAUGGAUGUUCAGCGAGAUUCGAGCUGUUUUUUCAAGACGUUAUCUUCUCCAGAACACUGCUUUGGAAGUGUUUAUGGCAAACAGAACCUCAGUUAUGUUUAAUUUUCCGGACCAAGCAACAGUAAAAAAAGUUGUAUACAGCUUACCUCGGGUUGGAGUGGGGACCAGCUAUGGAUUGCCACAAGCAAGGAGAAUAUCUCUGGCCACUCCCAGACAGCUUUAUAAGUCCUCCAAUAUGACUCAGCGCUGGCAGCGACGGGAGAUUUCUAACUUUGAAUAUUUGAUGUUCCUCAAUACUAUAGCAGGACGAACGUACAACGAUCUAAACCAAUACCCUGUAUUUCCGUGGGUAUUAACGAACUACGAAUCAGAAGAGUUGGAUCUGACCUUACCAGGCAACUUCAGGGAUCUUUCAAAGCCCAUUGGUGCUUUGAACCCAAAGAGAGCAGUAUUCUAUGCUGAGCGCUAUGAAACUUGGGAAGAUGAUCAAACGUCACCUUAUCAUUAUAACACCCAUUAUUCAACAUCUACUUCUACCCUAUCCUGGCUUGUUCGUAUUGAGCCCUUCACAACAUUCUUUCUUAAUGCAAAUGAUGCAAAAUUUGACCAUCCAGAUCGAACCUUCUCUUCAGUGGCAAGAUCUUGGAGAAAUAGCCAAAGAGACACCUCAGAUGUGAAGGAGUUAAUUCCAGAGUUUUACUACCUACCAGAGAUGUUUGUCAACAGUAACGGAUAUAAUCUAGGAGUCAGAGAGGAUGAAGUUGUUGUAAAUGAUGUUGAGCUUCCCCCUUGGGCAAAGAAGCCUGAAGACUUUGUUCGGAUCAACAGGAUGGCACUGGAAAGUGAGUUUGUAUCAUGCCAACUUCAUCAGUGGAUUGACCUUAUAUUUGGCUACAAGCAACGAGGACCAGAAGCAGUGCGUGCACUCAAUGUUUUCCACUACCUAACGUAUGAAGGCUCUGUAAAUCUGGAUAGUAUCACUGAUCCUGUCCUCAGGGAGGCCAUGGAGGCACAGAUACAGAACUUUGGACAGACGCCAUCUCAGUUGCUUAUUGAGCCACAUCCUCCUCGGAGCUCUGCCAUGCACCUGUGUUUCCUUCCACAGAGUCCACUCAUGUUUAAAGAUCAGAUGCAGCAGGAUGUUAUAAUGGUGCUGAAAUUUCCAUCAAAUUCUCCUGUCACACAUGUGGCAGCCAACACGCUUCCCCACCUUACUAUUCCUGCAGUGGUAACUGUGACUUGCAGCAGACUUUUUGCAGUCAAUAGAUGGCACAACACAGUAGGCCUCAGGGGAGCCCCAGGAUAUUCUUUGGAUCAAGCCCAUCAUCUUCCCAUAGAAAUGGAUCCAUUAAUUGCCAAUAACUCUGGUGUGAACAAACGGCAGAUCACAGACCUUGUGGAUCAGAGCAUCCAGAUCAAUGCACAUUGUUUCGUGGUCACAGCAGAUAACCGCUACAUUCUUAUCUGUGGCUUCUGGGACAAGAGCUUUCGGGUUUAUUCUACAGAAACAGGAAAAUUAACUCAGAUUGUUUUUGGCCACUGGGAUGUUGUUACUUGCCUUGCCAGAUCAGAAUCCUAUAUUGGUGGUGACUGCUAUAUUGUCUCUGGAUCUCGUGAUGCUACAUUGCUUCUUUGGUAUUGGAGUGGCCGACACCACAUUAUAGGGGAUAAUCCAAAUAGCAGUGAUUAUCCUGCUCCUAGGGCUGUUCUAACGGGUCAUGACCAUGAAGUUGUCUGUGUAUCUGUCUGUGCAGAGCUGGGACUUGUUAUCAGCGGUGCUAAAGAAGGUCCUUGUCUGGUACACACAAUUACUGGAGAUUUGCUGAGAGCACUGGAAGGGACUGAAAACUGCUUGUACCCACGCUUAAUUUCAGUAUCUAGUGAAGGCCACUGCAUCAUCUACUAUGAGCGAGGACGAUUCAGCAAUUUCAGCAUUAAUGGCAAACUCUUAGCUCAAAUGGAGAUCAAUGACUCAACCAGGGCCAUCCUCCUGAGCAGUGACGGGCAGAAUCUGGUGACUGGGGGGGACAAUGGAGUUGUGGAAGUGUGGCAGGCUUGUGAUUUUAAACAGCUCUAUAUUUACCCUGGUUGUGAUGCUGGCAUUAGAGCAAUGGACCUGUCUCAUGAUCAGAGAACUCUGAUUACUGGCAUGGCUUCUGGUAGCAUUGUAGCUUUUAAUAUAGAUUUUAAUCGGUGGCAUUAUGAGCAUCAGAACAGAUACUGAAGCUGAAUGAAGAACUGAAAGCCAAGAUAAAGCUGAGAGCACAAGUGCUACAAUGAAAGGCAUAAUAUCUGGUGGAAAAACAUGUCUGCAUUGACCUCCGUUGUACAUUCCAUUACACCCAGCAAUAGCUGUACAUUGUAGUCAGCAACCAUUUUAUUUUGUGUGUUUUUUUCACAACUGAACACCAGCUGCUGAGAAGCAAGCUCGUAUCAUGUAAAUUAUAUGAAUUAGGAGAUGUUUUGGUAAUUAUUUCAUAUAUCUUUGUUUAUUGAGAAAAGAUAGUAGGAUGCGCCACAAGAGACUUUUGAAAACUCUGAGGAACCUUGUGUCCAGUUGUUACGAUGUUUAGUCUGUGAAACUAACAUGCAUCCCAUUUCCAGUCUCUUUUCAAGCUGAGAAAAAAUAUGUUUGAUACUUUGUACAUCAGAUGCACAUCUUAACUUUGAAGGGAUACUUUUGUAAAAGUAAAACCUUGUAUAAAGAACAAAAAUGUUUCUUAAUUUUAUUGUGGAGUUACAACUUGCAUGUACUUUAAACCUGAUGUCUUGAUGGAACAGGGGUAUUCACACAAUUAAACUGGAGAUCUGUCUAAGGGUACAGCUUGUGUUAAAGGAUUGAAUUUGGGUGCAAUAGGUAAUUUUGACAUUUUCACCAAAAUACGUUUUUCACUUUUUAAAUCUAAACUCAUUCUCUUCCAAGUGGAGUUCAUGAAGCAUUUGGAUAAGAAGCCAUCAUUUGCCAUACUUAUACAAUUAAAGUUAAAUUCUUUACUUUUAAACUUAUGGACAAGUCAGAAAGAGAGGGUAGUGGAAAGGUUCUGAUUUUCAUUAUAUCCUCAAGAGUCUUGUAAUGCCCUAUAGUGCUUAAUGACUCCCAACACAGCAAAAGUGCUAUACUUCUGGAUUCACCACAUUUGGCAUAUGGUCCACUGAGGUAACAGAGGAGCCUCAGUUACAUUUUUCUCUUAUUUUUCCUCUGCAUAGCUUGAUUUGUUUAACAACCUUAGCUUUAGUGCAAAGAUAAGUUAUUAUUUUAUAUUCUUUUAGCUUCUUCUGAAAAUCUCACAGGAAGUCACAUUCUCAGCCUAAGGCACUUCACAUUUUACAAUACUGUAAUGAUGACUAUCAGAAUAAUUUUUCACACAUUGUACUGAUCAAAUUAUACACCCAGGGGUAUAUACACUUUACUUCAUGUUUCUUCUUUGUAUAUUUGGUGACUGUAUUGUCAUAGAUGUACAUAUUGUGUCGGUAGGGCUAUGAGGCAUGUAACAGGAAUGUAAUUUUCUCAGAAUUUACACUCACUUGCAGUCAUUUAUUUAAAAUGAUAAUGGAUUCUUUGUAUUGGCACUUUGCACCAGAAACAUAUCAUUAUUUAUUGAUGUGAUUACUUAUUUGUUCUCCACCUUGUAUUAGUAAGUUUUAGCACUGAAUUCCUUCUUCAUUGUUGUUUGUAUUUAUAAGAUUCUGGAAUCAUGGGGAAUCAACGUAAUGAUUAAGUUAUUCAUCACCAGUCUGUAAGCAAUAUCUUGAGUUUGUAGCUUAGAAUUGGGAGAAUACUGAACAUCUGGAAGACAAGUUCAUUUCAUCUUGAGAUCAUGGUGAAAUAUUUUGGAUAUAUAAAUUCCUUAAGCUAUUGUAACCAUGUUUUAUUGCAAAGAUGUAAAAUAUGCCAGAUGUGUGUGAGUUGGAAAUCCAAAAAAGAAAAAUAAAAUAU